CCACAGCGUCUACCAGCCACUCGAUCUUUCGCCGCGUCCCCCAUCAUGGUCAAAGGAGAUCCCUUCAAGCCUGCUCAGCGCGUGUCUGGGCAGCGGCAAGAUGUUUGGAGCAUUGUCAAUGAAGCGGCGGCAGCUUCGCCAAAACAGCCUAUCGUGAACAUGGGUCAGGGCUUCUUUGGCUACAAUCCUCCUCAGUUCUGCAUAGAUGCCGCCAAGGAAGCAUUGGACAAGGUAGAAUGCAAUCAGUACUCGCCAACGAAGGGUCGACCUCGACUGAAGAAGGCCAUCGCUGCCGCAUAUUCGCCCUUUUUCGGCCGAGAGAUCAAUCCUGAGACUGAGGUCACGAUCACGACUGGCGCCAAUGAAGGUAUGCUUUCAGCUUUCAUGGGCUUUCUCGAGCCUGGCGACGAGGCCAUCGUGUUCGAACCUUUCUUCGAUCAGUACAUCUCCAACAUCGAAAUGCCUGGAGGCAAGGUGGUUUACGUGCCACUGCACCCACCGAAAGAGGGCGCUUCACGGACCACCAGUGCAGGCGAGUGGACACUAGACUUGAAAGCCUUUGAAGCUGCAAUCACAGAUCGCACGAGAAUGGUGGUCAUCAACACGCCUCACAACCCUAUCGGUAAGGUGUUCAGUAAAGACGAGCUGCAAGCUAUCGGUGAUAUCUGUGUCAAGCACAACAUCAUCAUCCUAUCCGAUGAGGUCUAUGACCGCCUCUACUACGUACCAUUCACUCGUGUGGCCACGCUUUCGCCCGAGAUCGCGAAGCUUACACUCACAGUGGGCUCGGCGGGCAAGAAUUUCUACGCAACUGGUUGGAGAGUUGGCUACUUGAUCGGCCCUGAGCAUCUGAUCAAAUAUGUCUCUGCUGCUCACACCCGAAUUUGCUACAGUAGCGUCAGUCCGUUGCAAGAAGCCACAGCAGUCGCCUUUGAGGAGGCUGACAAGCGCGGCUUCUGGGAUGAGGCUAAGAAAGAGAUGAAGUCAAAGAUGGAUCGUUUCAACCAGAUUUGGGACGAGCUCGGCCUUCCAUACUCAGAUCCUGAAGGGGGCUACUUCGUGCUGGUAAACCUGGCGAAGGUGAAGCUACCAGAAGACUAUGACUUCCCAUCACACGUUGCGAACCGGCCUAGAGACUUCAAGCUCUCAUGGUUUUGCAUUGUGGAGCUCGGAAUUGCUGCUAUUCCUCCUACUGAGUUUUUUACCGAUGCCAAUGCACACAUCGUCGAGGAUUGGCUGCGAUUUGCUGUCUGCAAGAACGAUGACGUGCUCGAGCAAGCUAAGGAGAGACUCCGUGGCCUGAAGAAAUACAUCCAGUAAAGACAGCAGAUCGAUGGCUGCACAUAAAUUGUUGCUCUGGAGCGAGCACUGCAUUCCGUCCAUCGCAGGAUGAAGCUGCUUUCGGGGUCGGGCCAUUAGAUCUGUAGUCGUCUGUGCCUCAGCUGGCUCUGCGGAAUACCAAGGUAACAACACUUUGGCCAGUCUGACCGCCGAAGGUGAAGCUGCGAUACUUGGCCUCGUCAUAUAGCAUCAGCUUUCCGUCGUUGUUCACCAACCAGCCAAUCAAUUCGUCUCGUGUCCAGUUGCAAGACGUGAUGAAGAGGAAAUGAUCUGCUUUGAUGAGAUCAAUGACUUUCUGCCGGUAAACCUCGCAGGGAUGAGGCGCAUUUUCAGGCUUAGGCAUGAGUGAAAUAGCAUCAAAAGUGCCUUUGUCAAG